AUAGCCAAACUUGCAAAUCACGAGUCAGGCUCGUGAUGAAAAUUUUGGGCCAAACUUGAAAAUCACGAGUCAGGCUCGUUGUUAUCCACCCUGAAACUAUUACGUACGAAAAAAUCGCUUGUUGCACGCAUGUCUGGCAUCUAGCCAAGUGACCCAAGGUUUAAACCUGACGGUACGGAGGAAACGUGGAGGAACAGGAGGAUAAACCGCGCUUCCAUUCGAAAUAUCGUAGAGUAAUCAUCGUGUUAAAUUGAAAUCACUCGACACGGUAGGAUUUCUUUCGUAGCGUAUCUAAUUGUUCGAAACAGUCUUCGCGAAAUUUGCAAGGUACUCGGUCGCGUAAGGAUCGAACACGUUCAUUGUUUGCUCGUCGAGACUAAUAAACGCGCUAAUUAUCUUAAUCGAAGCAAGCACGAGAUCGUAUCAUUACUUCUUCCUGUCGUUUAAAGAGAACUGUUCCCAGUAGGAUGUACCGCACAGAUGCGCGUUGUACGAAUUGCAAUAACGUUUCCGACGUUUCGCUAUCUAUUUUCUCGAUUCUGUUCGCGUUAUCGCCGCGAGUAUCGUCGAGCGCGUAAAGAAACGGUUGCGAAAGAAACGCUGGAUGAACCCAGAUAACCGAAAUCGCGGUUCGCGAGCAGAAAAAAGAAGAUAGAAGCGCGAGGUCGGGACCAAGAAACGACGUCGUUUCGCGAGCGGUCCGCGAAAAUUGUGGACAGCGAAGGCAGAAAGGAUGGACGCCGGCGUCGUUACGCCGCGAAAAGUAAAAGGAGGCCAGGCUGAACCACGAAGAUACAUAUAAAGUACACUGCGAACCGCUUCGUCGGCGGAGACGUGCGUCAUGAACCGUGCAGGCAGCGUGGAUCACGUGGAUCUCUCGAUCGACCACGCUUUGCGAUCCGCGCAGGAGAGCCGAGAAUUUUAAUUGAUCUUCCUCGAGUCGCGAUCGAGGAAUUCUCUUUUCGUUCCUAAGAUCCGACGAGUAUUUAUUUGGUGUUUCUUUCGCGGAAGGAUUCUGGAUCGAAGAUGAAAACCUCCCCGAGUUGUCGGUUCGCCCACUCCUCACCGCUGAUUAAUGGCUGUAUCGGGGUCAAGAAUAAUUCAACAGACACCGUAAACACGCGUGUCAAGUGGACUUCUAUUUUUCCAUUCGAUGUUUACAACACGUGGCGCGCCUAAAUUUAACGCGGAUCCCGAGCAUCUCGUUGCACGUCGACUCGAGUUCCAUCGAGACCGUCGGGACAACUUUUUCUUUCUUCUCCGAUCGAACUGUUACGAAUGGUAGAUUCUUAACUCUUUACGACGCCAGAUCUAUAAUUGACUUCCUAUUCACAGCGAGCUUCCACAGUUGCGUUUGGAGGACGAGCCGUUGGAUCGUAUUCUCUGAACUGUACACACUUUUGAGAGUUACGUUAGUCUCGAGGCUUCCUGUACAGUUUUCAAAGUCCACGAGGCUCUUAAUUCGAGAAGAGGUGCGGUUUCUUCGUGAAAUCUUCUCGAUCGGGAUACAAACAGAAACGGGAAAAGAUGAGAAUCAGUGGGAACCGGUGAGACGGGAAAAGAAGAUCGCCAUGAGAUGAGAAGAUACGCGUGACCGUGACUGUCAUGGCGAGCGCGACGCGUCGCCGAGGUCUGACAGGCCCCAUAAGGAAACACAUCUCGAUCGGUUGUGCGAUUUCUCCCGUUCGCCUCGUGGAAAAAGGAAACGCUUUGCCAACGACUUCGAAGAACCAGUCGGUUGACAUUGCCACCAUUCUCUUAUCGCUUCUAUUCGAUCCGUCGAGUCUCUUCAAAUCGAAGAAUCGAUUCGCGAUUGUCUGACAAGGAAAAGAAACGCGUACGAUAUUUCUACGUUUCACGCUUUACAGCUGAUCGUUUUUAAUUAGUAUUGCCAGGAAAGCGAUCAGUCGACAUAUCUGCGAAAUCGAAGCGUACGAUCUGGUAGGAUCGCGUGGCCGACCAUGGUCAAUGGUCGACGCUGGUCAGUGUCAGACAAACUCACUUCCUCCGUUUCUAUCGCGCGAGCCUUGUAAGGCUGCGGGUGACACAACAUCCAAUUGCGGAAGAUGAAUUAACCGUGACCACGAUCGGCGUUAAACCUCGCUCCAGAUCUCGCUUUUCACCCGUGGCUCUCAUUAAUUACUGACCGCUUAAUUGCUGUUCGCCGGAUUAACGAGCUCGUUGUUCCCGCGAAAAAACCCGUGACCACUGGAAAAACGCAAACGAUUUACCACCUAUUAAAUACAAUGCGCGCGUACUCUAAACGCUACGUGGAAACUUUCAGUUCGAAUUUAAAACAUCAUUUUCUGCGAAUAAUUCCAUUUCAGUUCCUUUCGUUAAUCUUGGUAACGACUAUUUUGUUUCGUUAAACGUAACAGUUUCUCUUGGCAAGGGGUCGCGGAAUGGAUACAUGCAUUUCGCGAGGAUGAGUUCUCCUUUCGUUUAGAGACCGGAUACGUCCGUCCACGGGAAUAAUAAACGUAGAAAGGAAGGUCAGCGACGUCGAGGACAGAGACCGUCGAAGGAACAAAAAUAGAAGCUGGGCCACCUAUGCUAACGGCCCAUAUUCCCUCUAUUCCCAGCGUGUCGCGCAUUAAACUUCGCCGUUUAAAUGCCGCGCAUCCGAUUAUGCGAACGCCGCGCCGGAUCGCGUCAUCACCGGUUCCCCUUGAUUUCUGCCUGGUUUCGCGAUUCCUGUCUUGUUUCGCGGCUGCUCGAGUCAUUUCAGAUACCGUUUGAUUGCUAAUUCAUCGAAUUAGAACACAUCGAAUUAAAACCCAUCGAUUUCACUUGAGAAGGCAAUUAGUCGAUUAACUCCCGCUCCCGCUCAAUCGCGCUGCAUUCUUGCUAAUAAAAAAUAAACCACGCGCUAUAAAUACAUUAACUGCCUCAUUUCCCAUACGUAAUCGUCGCGGUAACCAAUAUUCUCUGUUUUGCAACACCACUGGGUGAUUAAUUUCCUUAAACGGGAAAUCUAUUCGCACUUCUCUCGACGUUCGAUCGUUAGCAGUGAAAUCACGUUCCAAAGUCACGGGACGAUCUCAUCCGCGUGCGAAUAAUUUCUAAAAAAAAUUUCCUCGUCGCGUUCAGCCUGAAAUAAAAGUGAGUAAGGUGAACGAAGUUGACGUCAGCCUGGACGUAACGUUGCAUUAUUUAAAUGCGACAAUUACGCCACGUCGACGAGCAAACAUCUCCACGGCGUCGAUCCGAAGUGAAAGCGUUUGCUAUUCCGACUAAUUUCCCUCGAAUAGAAUAGCCUCUGGAUUUCGUAAAUAAACAAGCUCGUAACGUGGACAGCGAGCUAUCGAUCGUAGAUCGGUUUUAAAAAUACGCGAGCACUCGGACUCUAAUUCUACGCGUGAUCUAAAUUCCAUUCAAGUUCUUCGUGCAACGAGGAAGGAAGGAGAAAUUAAUAGCAGCGAUUAGAUUGGAUGGAGCUCGAGUCGUGUUGCAGAUGCUACUCGCUGAAGGCGGGGACGAUAUUCACCGGGAUUCUUGGCAUCAUCCUCUCGAUCAUCUCGUUGAUCCUGAUCUUCACUCUGAACGUCGAAUGGAAGACGAUACUGAUCGACUGGCUGGACCAGAGCAUCGUCAAGAUCAUUUUCGCGAUAAAUCUCUGCAUGACGAUCGUGAUCUCGACGUUGCUCGUGAUUGGCGUUUUUAAGAAAAACACAUUUAUGAUGCUACCGUGGGUGGUUCUGGGCAUAAUCCUGGCGGUCGGCUUGCUGGUCAGCGUCCUGUACACGUCCAUCAUGUUCUUCGUGAAUCACGAAUUCGUAAAUGGCGUGCUCUGGCUCGUCGUUGGUCUCGUAGCCGUUGUGAUCUACACGUACCUGUGGUUGGUGGUGUACAGCUACUUCCAGCAGCUGAGGUACGACAAGUUGAACGGCAGGAUCGACCCGUACGGAAGGCCGUACAAUUAUCGACGACCUUGAAGAGAGCGGAAAUGAAACGAUGACCCCGCGAGAAGUACCACAGGAAACGUGUUGCUCUCUCAAAGGGAUUAGACUGUUCUUCAAACGGGAGGAUCGACUCGUGAAACGGUCUAAUUGCUUCGAGAGAGGAGUUUGCUUUAAAAUUCAAUUAGCGCAACCGCGCGUGUUGUAUCGUAUUCGUGGCACCGAGAUGCUCCCUCGAGUGGUAAUCGAAAGUUUCGCGAGACUUUGGUGAUCGCGACGAGCUUUUAUUUCUGUGGUAACUUAUAAAAUAUAUUUUAUAUGCAGUUGGGCAAAUCACGCAUUUUUGGCGCGAACGAUCUCCUGCGCAUCCUUGUUGCACACCCACGCGGCGCCUGUGUAACGAUGAUGAUCGACGAAGUAACAAGGAAUUUCUAUCGAACAAUUCGUCUCGUUAGUCGUCUACCGUUUCAAACCAAUAAACUGUGUUCGUAUAAAGUACAAAGGUAUCGCCGUUCGAGGGUGCAACGACUACAGUAGUUAUUUUAAACGAAGGAAGGAACGAUCUGGCGAAGAACGAAAGGCUUUCGUCGAAUGCGCGUAAGCUCUCGCGAAAGCAACGCUGUUCUUCGGGAAACCGACACUGCCGGCGCGAUAUCAAAAAGGCGAGAGGCUGAUUCCUCCGCGGCACGGAAAUAGAUUCCGUUUUCAAGGAUAACGAAAAUGUUAAGCGUAUGCAAAAAUAUACGCGUUGCCUCACCGCGCCGAGAACCAGUCUCUCCUACGCAAGGUUAACGACUGACUUAUUUAUUUUCCAAGUUUCAUUUCCCGCCUCCCGCUCGUACUUUGUAACGCGUAUUCUACAAUUUGUAAUUAUUGUUACAACGCGAGAAAUAAAUUAUUCUGUUUUUAACGCG